CGCACAAGUUUUAUCCCUUUGUGCGAGACAUAACAUAAAAUUUUCCAAAUCCCAUAGGCAACGAAAUAGAUAGAGGGAGAGGUGUGGAUGGGUUGGAGUAGCUGCUCUCACCGACGCCGGACAGAAAUUUGAACAGAGAAUUGACCGGACAAUAGGCUUUUGGUGUGUCACUCUCUGAUUACAGAAGAAUGAGGCGAAGCCUUGAGGUUUGGAAAAUGGGCACCGUCAAUUACUUGGAGGCACUGAAGCUGCAAGAGAAGCUAGCAUCUGAUAGAAAAGCCCUUAAAAUUACUGAUACCCUAUUAUCUCUUCAACAUUCACCUACUUAUACUCUUGGCAAAAGGCAAACAGUUCACAAUCUACUCAUACCUGAUUCGGAGCUCAAAGCCAUGGGGGCAGAACUUCACUAUACACAAAGAGGAGGUGACAUUACUUUUCAUGGUCCUCACCAGGCGAUCUUGUAUCCUAUUGUUUCGUUGCGCGAUAUUGGUUUGGGGGCUCGAAAGUAUGUGGAGAAGCUUGAGCUAACCAUGAUUGAAUUAGCAUCUAUAUAUGGUGUGAAAGCACAGGUUGGACAAAGAUGCGAAACAGGGGUUUGGGUUGAGGACAGAAAGAUUGGUGCAAUUGGAGUUCGAAUAUCAUCUGGGAUUACGUCUCAUGGAUUAGCAUUCAAUAUGGAUCCCGAUUUAAGCUAUUUUAAGCAUAUUGUGCCUUGUGGGAUUGCGGAUAAAGGUGUUACAUCUUUGAAGAAAGAGGCAGAUGUAGAGCUUCCUUCUGAAGAAGUGAUCCAGGAGCAGUUGAUCUCUUGUUUUGUGAGAAUAUUCGGGUACAACGAUGUUGUAUUAAAAGAUAAGUCAUUCUUAUAGUUUGAAAGCAAUAAUGUUGAGACACAUUGAUAUAUUAUGUCCAUAACUUUUGUGUACACUAGAUUCAUUAUUUAUGAGAUUAACACUGAUUGUUGUAGCUCAAUGCAAUUCUUGAUUUUAAAUUAUCAAGUUUGAAAACAAGGUACAUCUCUGAA